UACUAUAGCCCACACUAAUGUAGUGUUGAUACGAUAUCAACUUUGAUUAACCCACAUUUCCAACACGCCCCGUGAGCGAAUCGAAACAUGCACUAAACACUAAACCUCUUGUGUUUCACGACUUCUAACGUCUUCCGUUAAGAUGAAUGACGGGACAGACAAGAACCGAGAGUUUCUGGAGCAGCUGCGGAUGCAGCAGAUGUACGGUCAGAGAAACGUAGGCGGCUCUGACCCGUACUCCUACACGGACCCGCAGGAUGGCACCAUCUAUGACUGGGACCACGACAAGAAAGCUUGGUUCCCAAAAAUCACCGAGGACUUUAUCGCCGCCUACCAGGCCAACUACGGCUUCAAGGAGGACGGCACCCCGGACGCCAACGCCGCUCUAACGGACGACACCAAGCCAGCCGCCCCCAGCACCAAAGACAAGGGGGGCGCUCACCCAGAGCCCGCCCACACGCCCGGUCAGGACGCGGCCAUGGACGCCAAGCAGAAAGGAGACAAGAGGAAAGCAGAGGCAGCUUGGUUUGACGUGGACGACAAUAAGAACACCAACGUCUAUGUUUCAGGCUUACCCCUUGACAUCAGCAGCGAGGAGUUUGUGGAGUUAAUGUCCAAGUGUGGCAUCGUCUUGAGGGACCCCGUCACGGAGGAGUACAAGGUGAAGCUCUACAAAGACGGACAAGGCAACCUCAAGGGAGACGGCCUCUGCUGCUACCUCAAGAAGGAGUCUGUAGCCCUGGCUGUGCGUCUGAUCGACGAGUCGGAGGUCAGAGGUUACAAGCUUCACGUGGAGGAGGCGCACUUUGAGCUGAAGGGUCAGUACGACGCCACCAAGAAGAAGAAGAAGAACAAGGACUACAAGAAGAGACUACAACAACAACAGAAGCAGUUGGACUGGAGGCCGGAGAAAAAGGGAGAAGUGAGGAAGAGGUUUGAGAAGGUUGUCAUCAUCCAGAACAUGUUCCAUCCAAGCGACUUUGAGGAAGACCCGCUGGUGCUGAACGAGUACCGGGACGACCUGCGCACCGAGUGUGAGAAGUUUGGCCAGGUCAAGAAGGUCAUCGUCUUCGAUAGACAUCCGGAUGGGGUCGCCUCCGUAGCGUUUAAGGAGCCAGAACACGCGGACUUGUGCAUCGCGGCGCUUAACGGACGCUGGUUUGGAGGGAGGCAGCUGUCUGCGGUCCUCUGGGAUGGAACCACGGACUACCAGGUGGAAGAGACGUCUAGAGAGCGUGAGGAGCGCCUCAAAGGCUGGUCUAAAUUCCUGGACCCAGGAGCCAAAAAAGAGGGGGACCCAAACUCUACUGUCCCAGCCGGUGGACCAGAGCCCGCCCCUGACACAUCAGGCCCCGCCCCUGACACGUCAGGCCCCGCCCCUGACACAUCAGGCCCCGCCCCUGACACAUCAGGCCCCGCCCCUGACACCUCAGGCCCCGCCCCUGACACCUCAGGCCCCGCCCCUGACACCUCAGGCCCCGCCCCUGACACCUCAGGCCCUGCCCCUGACACCUCAGGCCCCGCCCCUGUCACCCCAGACCCUGCCCCUCACAAACCAGGCUCCACCCCAAACAAGCCAGAGCCUAGUUCUGAUCUGAGGAGCACCACCUCCCAGCCCAGCACCACCACCCAGCCCAGCACCACCUCCCAGCCCAGCCUGGACAUGGAAACACGGCCCAAAGAGCAGCGAGAAGAGGAAGCUGACUCCACCGACAGCAGCCUAGCAGGGAGUGAUGAGGAGGCCUGAUGGGACCUGCCACCAAGCGAACUGAACUGCCGCAAAACACGAGAGAUGUCGCUGUGUUAUGACGUUAAAUGUUUCGUAAUUGGGUCACAGAGAAUUAAAAUGUUUUUCCAAA